AUGCACUGGGGCGGGGCGUUCACUGGGGGCGGGGCGUCCACUGGGGGCGGGGCGUUCACUGGGGGCGGGGCGUCCACUGGGGGCGGGGCGUUCACUGGGGGGCGGGGCGUUCACUGGGGGCGGGGGCGUUCACUGGGGGGCGGGGCGUUCACUGGGGGCGGGGCGUCCACUGGGGGGCGGGGCGUUCACUGGGGGGGCGGGGCGUUCACAUGGGGGCGGGGUGUUCACUGGGGGCGGGGCGUUCACUGGGGGCGGGGCGUUCACUGGGGGCGGGGCUUUCACUGGGGGCGGGGGGCUUUCACUGGGGGCGGGGCGUUCACUGUGGGCGGGUGCGCGGGGGGCAGCGCGCUGGGGGCGGGGGGCGCGCAGUGGGGGGCGGGGCAUUCACUGGGGGCGGGGCUUUCACUGGGGGCGGGGCGUUCACUGGGGGCGGGGCAGCACGCUGGACAUGCGCGGUGUGCGCGGGGCAUCGGGAGCGCGCUGGGUUGGACAUGCGCGGUGUGUGCGCGGGGCAUCGGGGAGCGCGCUGGGUUGGACAUGCGCGGUGUGUGCGCGGGGCAUCGGGUGCGCGCUGGGUUGGACAUGCGCGGUGUGUGCGCGGGGCUGGUGUGCGCGGGGCAUCGGGAGCGCGCGGGGCUGGACAUGCGCGGUGUGUGCGCGGGGCGUCGGGUGCGCGCUGGGUUGGACAUGCGCGGUGUGUGCGCGGGGCAUCGGGAGCGCGCGGGAUCGGGCGCGAGCGGCGGCGGUUGA